AUGGAGGCGGAAAAAGAAGGUUCUUUGCAGUCUGUUAUGGAAGAUGAUGGGAGUGGAAUGGCCCAGGAUGCUUUCUAUCUUCAAGCACUUAUUAUUGAUGCAUUUCAUGAUAAAGGAUUUCAGACAAUAGAAGACUAUUUUCAACAGAGAGUGAGCCAUGUUCCUCAAAAAUAUAAUCAUCGUGUGUUAUACCAUCUCAACAAAUCAAUAUAUAAGGCACUGGAUAGAAAUGAAUUUCAGUGUGUUUCACUGUUGCUGAAAUGUAUUCAACGAUUCUUCAUUGAUGGCCUCAAAGAAGAUGAGCCUUUGCUAAUUCGACAGGGACUGAUCUCAAAGAUGGCUUCCUGGUUUGAAAGAACAGUAGAAUUUCUGAUCAUGGACCAUCUAGCGUCAGACACAUCUCUGAUUAGUGUUACAGAAGACUUCUUUGACACAGCGCUGGUAAGGAUGGGGGCAGAAGGGAAAAUCCAAAUGUUGGAUUCCUUCAUGUUUACCUUAGGAUUUCUGGUGACGGAAAAUACGGUAAAUCUGAUGCUUCAGCAGGAGGCUUUGAAGACUUUGAACGGCAUCUUGCAUGCUGUACCUUGGGAAGAGAGAAAACAAUUCUCCUUGUCAGAAGGCCCAUGCCGUCUUAUGAAAAACCUUGCAAGGACAAUCUUGACUGUGGGUGAAAUGAGUAAGUUGAGAAAACCAGCAGAUGAAAAAUUAGAGGAAUUUUGGAUUGAUUUCAACCUAGGAAGUCAGAGUGUAACUUUUUAUAUAGACAAUACUGAGAGUGCUCUGUGGGACUCAGUAAGACUUUUCAAGGAAGCAGUAAUUAAUUUCAGCAUAAUAGAAACUGAGACGAAGAAGAUGUUCAUCAUUCACUUGAAGCCUGUUAAUAUCAGAAACAAAGAAGUGAGGAAAAUAGAAAUCCAUUUUGAUUUGCAAUUCAACAUAUCACAAGCCUCCAUUGAAACUUUUGGAGAAGACAAACAGAUGAUGUUACCCAACCAGACCAAAAUCUCAGACCUUGACGAGUAUGAAAAAGAAGACACUGAGAUUCCUCCUAUCAGCCGCAAAAGAGAGACAGGCCAGGCAGAAGAAUCCACCGAGCUGGUGGAGUUAAUGAGUGCUGAAGAUGACCACUGCCUAAUAACUCUCCCGGUAAAUGACCAGUCUGAGCUUGCGAAGUUUCAUUACAGGAAACGCCUCUUCUCAGAGAGUAAUCAAGAUUCAAGUACUAGUACCAGUGAACUAUCUUGGGCCAAUAACCAAGAAAGGAAAUGCCUAAAAUCAUAUCCUGGUCGAAAAAAGACAAGAACCAGAACUAGCUUGAAAAUCUUGCCACUUUCCCCUCUCGGUCCUGGAAGUGACCAUGAGAAAGACCAAGCUAAACUUCUAACACCAUUAUGGAAAGAUACUUCAAGGAAAAGUGAUGCCACACCUCCCAAAAUUUCUGGAACAAAAUUUCAGGGUAGUUCUGCCCUUUUAAUUCCUGAAGUUUCUGCCCAGAAAACAGAGUCAUUGAUGAAAAAUGCUAACUUUGAACAUAAACCGGAAAAUUUGGAAGACAGAGACCUAUCAGAUGGUAGUUUUGCUAAGUGGAAACAGUCAAAAUUGGAAGAAGAUGAUCCUCUAGGACCCCUUUCCUCGGUGACAGAAGAAACAGACUUGGCAGCAGGCCGUUCUACUCCAUCCCUGGCAGUUGUGCCAGAGAACGUGAAUAGUUCUGCUGUGAUCACAACCUUUGAAAACUUCACUAGAGAACUGAAAAGAAAAUAUGAGCUCAGGUACAGAAGGAGUGCACUUUAUUCAAAAUAUGCAAAGCAAGCACCAGAUUGCCUAAUAAAACUUUUAAACCAGAUACAUCAGUGCAGACUGAAUAAACUAGAGCUGUUUAACAGUUUUGUUCUUCAAGAGCUGAGCAAUCUUGAGAAGGAUAUUCUAGCUCUGAAACACCUGGAGGAGGGUGUUCUGGAAUUUUGGCGGAGACAGUGUGAUGAUCUGAAAUCCUUCUGUGAUCUGCAAGUGCUGAGGCUUAAUGCAAUUCAGCGUUCAUGAGGAAAGCUAAAGUC